UUUCAUCAAUUUUAUUUAUAUAUAUAUUUUAAUUUUUAUUCAAAGAGUUAAUAAUAAACUUGCUUCGUGAUUUUUAACUGAGCAGUGAAUAGUUAAAAGUGUGCUCAACUACAAUAGAUAUUUUUAAUAAUAAAUCCCGUUAUUAUGGGCCCUCCCCCCGUUGUUACUGGAAUUUCUCCAAAGGAGGGCCCUCCAGGAACGAAAGUGACUAUUCGAGGGGAGUUUCUUGGUACCAGUCCCACGGAUUUAAUUGGUCUUAAGAUCUGUGGGUGUGAUUGCCUGCUAUCAGGAGAAUGGAAGAGCAAGAACAAAAUAGUGGCAAGAUCGGGCCCUUGCAAGGGGCGAGGUGAUAUCAUUGUCACUACCAAGUCUGGAGGUGAAGGGACUUCCACUGUACAGUUUAGAGGUUACCAUGAGUCCAUAGGGCCGGUAAAGGAGAGUGCAGUAUGGGUGGAAGAAGCGGCUCCACCAUCGUUGCCAUGGGGUCGUCGACCCAUGUCGCCCACUGCCUACACCCCACCUGAUCCACUCGGCUUGUCGACUGAGGGAGAUGAUUGUAAAUUCCCAGAGGAAGAGUUGAAUGAAUUGUUUCCUGAUGGCUCUGGGAAGCUGUCUGAUGAGAAUUUUCAACCAGGCUGGUACCUUUUGGAACAUCAUAGCAACACAUCAUUUGAGGAUUUGAGAGCUGGGAUGGUGUUCUUGCAGAGAAAGGUUGAAGGUCAAAAAGAAGGACAACUGAGCUUUCUGAAAGCAAAUACUGGUGCAGUAAUGGACCAGCUGGACCGACUGGUGCUCCUCAAGAACAUGUAUGAAGAGGAUCAGAGGAAAAACGGCAAAGAACCUCUGCCCAGCUUACAAGCUGCUAUAGAAGAAUCGAUAUCCCUCGCGGACUCCUUAUUUUCGGAGAUCUUAUCGCGCAAAGAGAAUGCGGAUAAGACGCGAGAGGCGUUGUCUCUACUCACGCGACACAAGUUCCUGUUCCAACUGCCCGCCACCAUCGAUAAGAACAUUCGCAAGAAAGAGUAUGACUUGGUUGUCAACGACUACAGUCGAGUGAAGAACCUGUUCGGGAACACUGACGUUAAGCUCUUCCAGAAAAUCCUUGAUGAGAUCGAUAAAAAAAUCGAAGACUUAAAAGAAAAUCUCCACACAAGAAUGAAAACUAUGCCUGUAAAUGUCCAAGAACAAACCAAAUACAUAAGAUUACUUAAUAGUUUGAACUGGGAAGGCGAUGCAGCGUGGAUAGCAAUCACAACCCGCAAGGAGUAUCUGAUGAGUCUGAUGAACAAGGUCAAAGACUAUUUUAAGCAGAAGGAGGACCAAGAGUCUGGCGAGAAAGGCAGACGUAAAGCCAAAGAGCCCGAAAGCGAAGGUUCUUGGAGCGCAGUGCGGUCAGCGUGGUGCGCGGCCGCAUGUGGAGCCCUAGCGGCUGAACUGCACGCCCUGUGGCCUUUGGCGAGGCGGUACUUCGCCGGGGAGCUGGCGGGGCAACCGUCGGACCCGCAGCGAAACGCCGAUCUUAAGGAAAUGAUAAUAGCGGCCGUGCAGUUGUUCUCGGAGCACAUGCGCGCGUGUCUGCUGUCCGGCGGCGCGCCACCCACCGCAGAGGUGCUUCGGUCGCGCCUGCUCGCCAACCUGCGCAGUCUCAGGGAGGCCUACGAGUCCUUGUUGAAGCUCGACUUGCCUUCACAGCCAUUGAGCAUAGUGGAAAAGGUGAUAUUCGACUAUCGCGUGCACGGGAUGACGGUGUUCAUGCAGCGCGCGCACAAACGCGUCAAGGGACUCGCCGACAAAGAGACGUGGAAGAUACAAGAGUUCACCGACUACGGAGCUAUAACUAAUCUUCCACAUCUUCUAGAAACGUAUCUAAACGACGCGUUAUCCUCAAUACACAAAUGCGUAUUCACGAGCGGCAGGCGAGAGACGCCGCUGCUGAGUGAAGGCAGCGAGCCUCUCACCGCACUGCGGAAACACACGCAGCAGAUAUUGCUGGCUUUCGUCACCGUGCUCGAGGAGCUCGCCUUGCAGCAUGACGAUCAGGAUUUCAACAACACGAGUCUUUCAGUAGCGCUGGACCAGCCUCUGGAGGAGCCAAACAGAACGCUGGGCGACGGCAGGGUGCGGUCGUCGCAGCAGAGGCUGCUGAUCGCGGCCAGUAACGCGCAGUACACACGACGCGUCACUCUGCCAUCCGUCGCUACUUCCUUUGACAAUUUCGAAUUCCCCAAGCCGCUACUAGCUCUGCAAACAACCAAAGAAGCGCUAAGCAACCUCGAAUCGAGCAUCGCCGAGACUUAUCUAGAGCAUAAGGGAGACCCACUGGUGGGCACCAUCGAGCCCAGCAUGUACAUGGGCAGGCACGAGCUCGACCCGGACGCGAUCGUGGACGACGCUCGCCCCUAUGUGUACGAGAUCAUUAACAACCUUAUUGCAGUUCACGCUGAGGUAGAUAGCAUCUGCGGCGCGUCGUGUUCGCGGUACGUGCGCGACAUCAGCGAGACUGUAUGCGAGGAGGUGUCCCGGCUGUGGGCCGGCGCGAGGCCCACUUCGCGCGCCGCCGUGUUUCGCGCGAGACUCGAGACCACCCUGCUGAGAAUGGCUUGUGCUGCGCAUCUUACUGUAAAAGCCGACGAUUAUCUCGUGAAAACUUUAGAGGCGUUAGAACUUCUAGAAACUGAAGAAGAAAAAAAGCGCAUGGAUUCGAUCAUUCAGAACUUUAAAAAGCGGAUGGAGCUGCAACUAUGUAGUCUUAAUUGCAAUAUAGAGACUGUUUGAAAUAAUUACUAUUUAAAUUUUCUUUUUCAUUACAUUUAAGCCUGUAUUUUUUAAUCACAAUAUAAGACCUAUUGCUUAAGAUCCUUAGGUUUCGCGACUUUUGAAUACAAGCACUAGAACUAUAAACAAAACGUGAAAUUCUGUAAUUAACGAUGUAUAUUUAUUACUUAAAGGACAUAAAUGUUGAAAACCCUUUUUAUAUUUAGGUUUAUUUACAUCAGUAUUAACGAAAAUAGUUAAUAUGGUAUAUUAUAUCAAUAUUAUUUAAAUAAAUUUAAAAGUAGUAA